GUUGCGUUUACAGCUCAACUUUGCAACACCCAAAUAAUUGGCGACUGCUAGCAGGCUGAUGUAGGCGUAUGUUGCGAAAACUAAUGGAGGAAGUGUUGUGCUGAGUGGAGAGAAGUAUUAGUUUGAGUGGCUGUUUUACUCAGGACGGUUUUGUCCUCGCCAUUUUCGUCUCCGAAGCCCACUAGAAGUGGAAGCAGCGGCGAAAUUCCGGUCUCCUCGAUCGCUAGGAUGACGUCACUGACAGAGGAAGUCCAGCCCCAACUUAGCCGUGUUUACGAGUGUGCAGACUGCAUCGUCGGUUUCGGCGACCGCCGCAGCCUCACCCAGCAUAUAGCUCAAGCUCAUAUGCCGGCAAAGACGCUCGAAGUAGAAGAGGAGAACGGCUUAGAUCCCAGCAGCGACAGCCUGGACGAAGAAGACGGGGAAGAAGACGACGAUGACGACGACGACGACGACUACGAACUUGGCGAGGACCCCGCGAAUCCCACCAGCAAGAAUCGCCACCAUUGCCGAUACUGUACAAAGUCGUUCCACCGGUCUUUCUGCCUGAAGCGCCACGAGCGGCGGCACACCGGCGAGAAGCCCUUCAACUGUCACGAGUGCGGCAAGCGCUUCAGCGAUCGCUCCAAUCUCCUGCAGCACGAGCGCAGCCGUCACAGCGAGGCGCGCACCUACGUGUGCACCGCCUGCCUGAAGCAGUUCGCCCAGUACAACUACCUGCGACGCCACCUGCGCAGCGUGCACCGCAACAAGCUCUCGUUCAUCUGCCCGGAGCCGUGCAACCAUGCGUUCGUCACCGAGGACGCCUGGAUACAGCACCUGCGCACGCACCGCAACAACGUCAAGCCGAUCACGGUGAACGGGCCCUGGCCGUGCAAGGGCAGCAAGACGAAAAUCCCGGGCUAUCCCGACUUUCCGACCGCAACUCGCAAGGAAACGGCCGGCGGCUAUCGGCAAUACCCCGAGGAGCCAGAAGAGCUGGCUCUCGUACGGCCAGUCGCAAUGAAGGCGUUCGGCAAUCAAACCGCCGUCGAGCUGUUAAGCCAGGUGUCCACUGCUACCAGCACUGCAGCCGAAGCAACUGUAGCUGCUGUAGCGACCGUCGUAGCUGCAGCGCAAACUAACUGGGCACCCAGCGACCAAGGCACAUUGAAUGCAUUACCGGACAACCAUUUCCAUUCAAACGACGCCAAGGUAGAGCUACCCCUCAUGCUGCCGCACCAAGAUGUGGGCACCGCGUCAGGGGAUAGCCAGGUGAAGAUCGAGCAACACCAGAUGCCGGUGCUGCUCCCGACUUGCUCCGCACCGAGUACAAUUACUUCCAGCGAUCUGCCAGCUGAGGCUGCUCCAGCACCUAGCUGAUUGCCCUGGAUGGUAGUCAGUGGAACUUACUGCUUACCUGUGCCUCGUCUGAUUUCACAAAGUAGGGAGCCUGUCCAGCCUUGUGUUGCGUGAUUGUUCGUGUCCUGUCCACUUUCACUGUCAGUCCGGGCUCUGAGUUUUGUAUGCACUCUCCUUAGCCAACGUUUGGAGACCCUCCUGUGCCGUGAGUGCGCAGCCCGUGUGUUCCAGUAGUGGUACUACUGUUGUUCUUUUUUGCUUCCUUUUAGUCCGUGGAUGUAUAUCCAUGAGUGGGUGUGCGUGUGGGUGUUGUGUGGGUGUGCAUGUGUGUGUGUGUGUGUUGUGUAGGUGUGCGUGCGCAUGCAUUUGUCUAUUACCGAAUUAGUUGCUUGCAGUAAGUGUCCAUCUCCACCUAGACCCAAGCUUCCCAAACCAGAAAGAACCUCACCAAGUUGAUGUGUUUGUUGCUGCAACCUACUCCUAGAAACCCAACUGUUCAUCUCGGUCUUCAUCAUAUUUCAAAACUUAGAAAAAACACACACACACACAGACAAGUAGCCCCCCUUGUGCAUGCUCAUGAUAUGAAACCUGACGUUUGCAUUUUCGGAUGCUUGCCCUGCUCAUGCACCACUCAUAUUCCUGGUGUGCUGGCUCGUACGGCCGACCCUCAUGCUUCUCCUGCUCUUUUCCAUUGCCAUGUGGUAGAUCUCAUGUGCACUCUUACUCCAAUCCUAUGCCUUCUGCUAUCCCACUUUCUUACUUGUUUUCCAGUGUUCUCAUUCAUUUUUUCUAAUAUUGCUUGUUUGUUUUCGUUUGGCUCGUCUUAUUUAAUCGGUGUGCAGUAGUGCCAUGGUCGUCCAUACAUCAGGAAGAUCACCAUCCUUGCAUUGUACAUAGUUAGACUUAUAUCCAUAUUACUUUUAGUCCAAUGCUCCAGCUUCUUAUGUUCCAGUCGUUCUCAUGA